AUUUCAUUUGACAUUUGCAUUGACCCAUCGAAAAGGAGAAAAAUCACGUACCAUACUCAUUUGCAAAACAAAUUAUAUAUAUAAAAAAGUUGUGAAAAUACAAAAGUAUAUAAUUCAAAAUGCCGGUAACUGUAAUUAAAUCUGAAGAGGAAUACAAACAACUAAUUGGUGCCGACAAAACAUCAGUGGUAUUAUUUUCGGCAGAAUGGGCAGAACAAUGCAAACAGGUUUUGGAUGUAUUGGAAGAUCUGAGCAAAUUAUUAGGUGAUAAAUUGCAAUUUAUAACAAUUACCGCCGAAGAAUAUCCCGAAGUGGCAAUGAAACAUCAGAUUGAGGCUGUACCCACUGUAAUCUUUUUCACCAAAGGAACGGCGGUAGAUCGUGUUGAUGGUGUAGAUAUCCCCUCACUUAGUGCAAAAUGUAAAAAACUGGGUGCAUCGGCCACAAGUGAUCAACCCCUGGAGGAACGUCUGAAGGCACUGAUAAAUAAAGCACCUCUAAUGAUUUUCAUGAAGGGUGAUCGUGAAGCUCCCCGUUGUGGUUUUUCCAAGCAACUGAUUGCUAUUGUCAAUGAAACUGGACUUCCCUAUGAAACGUUUGACAUCCUAACCGAUGAAGAAGUACGUCAAGGUCUCAAAACAUAUUCCGAUUGGCCAACAUAUCCCCAAGUAUAUGUUAAAGGAGAACUAGUUGGCGGUCUGGACAUUAUCAAAGAGCUCAAAGCCAACAACGAACUGGAAACUACUCUAAAAGGCUAAUAAAUGAAAAAUAAAAUACACGAGUAACAUUCAUUCAAAUAAACAAACAUGUGAGACUAUUAUUUUUUACAAAAUAAAUGGAUUAAGAUUAACUAAA